AUGGGUGAAUUUGGUGCCGUUAUAAUUCCUACAACUGAUCAGCAUGACGUCAGUAAAUCUCAUCCUACUGAUGAGGUACAUCCGCAACCAUUAAUGUGGUGUUUUUGGAUAAUUUUCUUGAUUCUCAUUCCACUAUCAUCCGUCAUUCUGGUUGGAUUUGCAUUGUUUGACGACAGCAUAACAGCAUUUAAUGGAAAGGGUCGAGUCGCUGAUAUCCUAAUGAUGGUUAGCUACAUCGUAUCCAUCUACGGCAUUGUGAGAAUCAUACUUUCCACCGCAAAUAGUAUCUCUGUCCAUCAAAUCACUUCGGCUCAUACGAAGAACCAUUCCAACAUUGUACUGGCAUUCAUUUUCAUUCUUGGCGUCGGUGAUACGUUGUUCAUAAUGACCAGAUUUGGUGAUCAACUAAUUAUGAUUCUCAAUCACAACUACUUUCCUGGUUUAGAAUGUUCGCCUAAUCUUGCUCUGUCAAUGAUUGCAAAUUUCUUGAAAAGCUUAUGCCAAUUAUGCAUCUUAAUGUUUAUUCUUCAUCAAUUAAACCAUUCCAUCAAAUUCAAAAAACACGAAUCGAAAAUAUUCUUAACUUGUCUAUCCACAUUUUGCUUGAUUCAAUGGGCACAAAUACUUCUUCAGGAAGUGCACUACCACAAAAAUAUCCCUGAUUCGUGUGAUUUGUCCACGACUCAAAGCCUGCAGCGUUUUGAUCAAAUCACACCAUAUCUUUAUCCGUUGGGUUUAGAAUAUCGAUUUGCUUGCUUUAUUGAACUGUUAAUCAUGUCUGAAUGUUUGGGAACCAGUAAAAACAAUAUUAUCUUAAAGUUUUACUUUUGGUUCAAUAAGAAGAUCGCUUGCAAGGUUUUUGGUUCAGUCAUAUCCGAUGCCGACGAUCAAUUAACGGAAUUCAUACGCUGGUUGACAUUCACGGCUUCCGUUAUACCAAUUAUUCAGACGAUACUUCAGCUGAUGAUCAUCUGGAAAGUUCGUAGAUACAAUGGUUUGCUUCACAAAGGCAUCAAUCAGAUGUGGAUUAUGUUAGGUUUCGCUAUAUGGCUAUUCGAUACCUUUAGUGCGAAAGCCUAUGAUACGAAUGAAAUUCAAAUUAGUGUGUAUAGUGGAAGCUGGGACAUUCUAGCCGCUCUUUUCGUACCGAUGUCGCUGUUUUUUCGAUUUCACAGCUGUAUUAUGUUCGCCAAUAUCAAAGAUGGAGCGUACUGGGAUGAAGAAGAUGAGUCUUUGGUGUAG